AAGGCCUGCGACAUUCACGCGAGCGGAAGAAAGGAAUUAAAUAUUCGAACCGUGUUCUCCUUCAGCGAAUGACUAAAGCGGCUGACUAAUCGCGCGGACAUAGUUUGGAGCACGACACACCGUGGUCACGCUCGCGCAAAACGUCAAAAUGAUCGCAACACUCGACACUUGGACGUGUCUUAUGAUCUGCUGUCAGCCGGCACAGCGAUUUGCCUUGGAAAUUAGCCGGACACACGAGCGCGAAGGCGAGAGAGAGAGAGAGAGAGAGCGUAAACAAAUGUGCUACCGUUACUCUCUUCGCGUAUCGGCGAUGAUGACUGGUCAGCUCGGACACUGUCGCGGAUCGCAUUAUCGCCAGCGCAGGGACAUGGAAUUCCCACGAAGAGGAAACCGCGAUCUAAAAUCCCGGUACACACGGUUCAAGUGAUCUGACGCAAAACGGAUGCGAACGCGCUUGUGUCAAAAACUAUUUCCUGCAAUUGCAACAGGGAACCAUGGGCUGGUCUGUCAAAUUGUCUGACGGUUUGAACGACAAACCGACAGUCGUCGACGAUGGAAUCUCUCGAAUUUGUUAGAAAGUUGAAGCUAUUAAGAAUUACGAACAUCAGCUUGGAAGAGACACGUCUGACAAUGAACGACGAGGGAACGAGCAUUAAUCGCGAGAGGUGUAAAGGAGCACACGCGGGAGUCCAUUAUUAUUUAUGGGACCCGAAAAGCACUGACGAAGGGCGCCUUCACUUAUGCGGCGGAAGUGGGUCGUCUGGAGGAUUCACGGAGAAUAAUGCGAGACGCGCGAUGAACGAUACCGCGCGUUAAUUUCAACAUCUUUCAACGCGCCCAGCUACUGAUGACGGCCACUCGAGGUCGAUGAAAGAUACGAGUGUGGCGCAAGAAUCGUAACGGAGACGCGGGAACGUCUCGUAAAUCUCCGCGGGAGAAGUUGAGCUGCGCGAUAUCAAGGUCAAGAUGAAAGUUUCCAAGAAGAGGAACAAGUCGGAGGAUAUAAGGAGCGUCGUCGUACUAUCUGAAACAGCGAGGACAGAUCUCUACGACAGCUUCGAUGUCGCGCGAUAAUCGGCGGUGAAUCGGAAACGUCUCACUUUCGUUAUUUGUUUUCGCGAAGAUGUUGGAGUACUGGUGGAUGGCGAGCAAUGGGACCGGGUGGAAUGACAGUGACGUGGUGAUCGAUGAUGUGCUGCAAGAUCCCGGACUGGUGACCCUCUUCGUCGACUAUCCGCAAUGGUUGUUGUACUUCGCCGCAGCCUGCUGCAUCCUUUUCAUGCUGCUUGGCAUCCCGGGAAACCUUAUCACGGUGGUCGCGUUAUUUCGCACCCAGAAGCUGUGGAACUCUACAGCUAUUUUCAUAAUGAAUCUCUCGUUAUCCGACCUAAUGUUCUGCUGCUUCAAUCUACCGCUCGCAACUUCGACGUUCUGGCACCGUGCAUGGCUUCAUGGAUCACUUCUGUGUCGACUGUUUCCGCUGUUGAGAUAUGGUCUCGUUGCAGUCAGCCUCUUCUCGGUUCUCGCGAUCACGAUCAAUCGCUACGUAUUGAUCGGCCACCCUCAUCUCUAUUCUACAUUAUAUAAAACGAAGUACUUAAUGCCGAUGGUUCUGGCGAUAUGGAUCUUUUCUUUCGGCCUGCUAGUCGUUACAUGGUUCGAACGAUGGGGACGUUUCGGAUUAGAUACUGCUAUCGGUUCCUGUUCGAUCUUGCCCGACGUGAAUGGACAUAGCCCGAAAAUCUUCCUCUUCGUUCUCGCGUUUCUAAUACCAUGCCUUGCUAUUAUCGUGUGCUACGCCCGGAUUUUCUAUAUCGUUCGUAAAAGUUCCUUGAAGAGUAGAGGCGGAAACAGGAUCGUUAACGUGGAACUUACAGAGAUUAAUAAUGAGCAACGAUCCUCCUCCACGAGAAAUCAAGAGGAAGAGCUCUCCGUUUUCUGUACAUCCCCCAUCCCGAUGCCAGCAACUUAUCUCGUCAGCGGUCUGGAAGAAGAGGUCGACGAGGAUUCGUCCUGUUCCAAGCAGCUGCUCGAUGAUGAAUUACAAACGAAUUGCACAACAACAUUGCACGUAAACAGAGCGACAAUGAGCAAUAACGUUCGCUUGGAUUCGAAUCGCAGCAAUAGCUAUGAUACUUUCCACGGGAGUCUGACGAUCACUGCGGAGGAUAUUCCGUUCGCGGACGAGCCGGAUGUCUCUGUAAAGGCUAAGCGGUUCCUGAAUAAGAACCAAAGCCGGGACAAGCCACAGCGAAGGUCCUCAAAGGGCUACUGCAACCAGCUGAACAGAAUGACCAGCCGAGCUUCUUUCAUCAUGGAGUCGUCGCUGUGGGCACGCGGUGUUGCCGACGACGAUCAACUGAAUCAUUUGGAGACAUUCGUGGGCUCACGCUCGCACUCGCCCGAACAAUCCUUCAAGAGGCAAGCGAUCCGCAGGGAGUCGAAGUUCCGCACUGUUGUCAGUAGAAUACGCAAUGGCGAGGCCGUGCCCAGGAUGUCCGACAAGGACCGGAAAGUAUUACAGAUGAUCCUCGUGAUAUUUUUAUCCUUCCUGGUAUGUUAUUUGCCAAUCACCAUCACUAAACUCUUUCACGACAUGGUCGAUUGGCGUGGUCUCAACAUUACUGGUUAUAUACUCAUCUACUUGACUACCUGCAUCAAUCCCAUCAUUUACGUCGUGAUGAGCUCCGAGUAUAGAAGUGCGUACAAGUACGUCCUGCUUUGUAAGUGCGAGAAUGGUAAUAGAUGGUGGCUAGUUCGUUAAUGUAGAGUUUAGCAAGCAAGCAUAGGUAAUUUUGCAAUAGGUAAUUUUACAUGAUAGAUAAAUGCACAUUUGGAGUGAAUAGGUAAGAAUAAAUAAUAAUGAUUUCUCAGCUUAUUCGUGUAGCUACUUCGACGAUCCGGAAGCGUAUAGAAGUACGUCUUGCUCUGUAAGUGCGAUAAGUCGACUGGCAAUAGGUGAUAGCCGAUUCGUUAAUGUAGAGUUUAGUACGCAAAUUAGUAGAUAAUUUUGCAAUAGUUAUACAGAAUGUAUAAAAAGUACCGGGACGACUAAAUAUUUCGAAAACUAAACAUUUUAGAAAAAAAUGUUUCAAACAAGAGUUGCAUGGUUUCAAGGGAAACAUAAAACAACUAUAUUAUUUUAUUUAUAGA